AUGAUGAUAUAAGAAAAUGAUAUAUUUAAAUAUGAACAUAUUUUAUUAAAUACUUUAAGUGGACAUACAAAUUGGGUAAGAGAUGUUGCCUGGUCUCCUUCUUUUGGAAACAAUUAUGAUACAAUAGCUAGUUGUUCUGAAGAUGGUAAAGUUAUUAUUUGGAAGUUAUAUCCUAAUAAAGAUUAUACUGAAUAUGAAUAAAUAAAAAAACAUUAAGUAAUUGAGAAAUUUGGAGUGCCUGUUUGGAGAAUCAGCUGGUCUUAAACAGGAAAUAUGCUUGCUGUAUCUGGUACAAAUGUAAACUAAGAUAAUAUAGUUGUUGUUUUUUAGGAAAAUGAGAAUUCAGAAUGGGAAUAAAUCAGUGUAUUAGAAUAAGAAGAAGAUAAUGGAAAAAAUUGA